CGCCAAACUGAUGGUUAUAGCAUAGAAACAGUAACAGGGCAUUAUUCAAGCUUUCUAAAGGGUACUUCUGAUGAAAUGGAUGAGUAUCCAUUAAUGAAAAGACAUUGUCUUGUCAUGGAUAGGCCAAUGAUUAUAGCUCAGCUUAUAAAAAUGGCCAUCAACUUGAAACGUGAGAGCAGAAUGGUCAUGAUUCAACACAUUGUGGCGCGACAAGGUAGCGAGCUUGAGUGUGUCUUCGCAAAGAGACUGAAGAGAGUGAUUGGUAGUGCUGUCAUCACCAUCCUUGUUCGGCCAUCGCAAUCGACUUUCUUCAUGGUAUCCGCAAUCAUAGAAGACAACAACGGGUCAUAA